CGAGCAUCAACCACCUCCACAUCGGAUCGGACAUCCACCCGGCCACGGCUUCUCUCCCUCCGCCAUCCACCCACCGCGGUUGUGCAGCUCUUUCUCCCACAGAGGGUGCACCGACAGGUCUUCCACCAGCUUCAAGCAGAGGAACGCAUCCUUCCCGACGCGCAUCUAGCGCACGACGUAUCUUGCCUCCCGCCCCAUGGCGUCGCCGCCCUACGCCUCGUCGCCGCUGGCCAUGUCGCCACCCAACCCAUCUCCCGCCCAGCUCCCCAACAAGAAACGCUCUUCGACCCUCGACGUCAACGCCCCGCCGGUCAAGCGCCGGAAGCCCUCCAACCUCUCGCAGUCUUCGGGCCCCAUUCACCCCUUGCGGCAAACGUCCUUCCCCCCCGAGGGAGGCCGGUCGCCGUAUGCGCGGUCCCCGUCAGUCGACGCCACGUCCAUCGUCAGCGGCAGUGCGGCUAGUGGCGUCACUGCCAAUGGCGCGCCCAAGAAGAAGCGCGGCCGCAAGGCCAAGAACCCUCGACCCGGCGACGAGUCGGCCGAGCAGACGCCCAGCCUCGUCGGCGGCAAGGCACCCACGACGGUCAGCGGCCAGGGCGGCGGCGGCGACAAGGACGCAGCCGACGACGACGACGAUGACGAAAACCAGGAAAUGGCCCUUGAAGAGGGCGUCGCACGGACACAGGAGCAGAAGCAGGAGGAGAUUCGGCUGCGCGCCAUGCUCGUUGAGGCUUUCGACAGCGAGCAGUACAACCGAUACGAGCUGUGGCGAGCGGCCAAGCUGUCGGACGCCGUCGUGAAAAGGGUGGUAAACGCUACGGUGUCACAAUCGGUUCCGCAAAUGGUCAGCACGGCGGUCAAGGCCGUGGCCAAGCUGUUUGCGGGAGAAAUCAUCGAGUCGGCGCGCAACGUGCAGGCCGAGUGGAUCACGGCAGGCGAAAAGCAGAGCGACCUCCCAACGCCGCCUCCGUCGGCCAAGGACGCGGCGGGCGAGGAGGAGCCAGAGGUGAAGUGCGGGCCCCUCCGGCCGGACCAUCUGCGGGAGGCGUGGAGGCGGUACAGGACGGGCGGGGAAAGCCGCGGCGUGGGCAUGCAGCAGCUGUGGCACGCGCAGCAGGGGGACGGCGUGGAGCGGUUCUCAACGCGGACCGGCAGGCGGCUCUUCAAGUGAUGCUCGCUAAUGAGGUUGACGCGGUCCAUGAAGGUUGAGGGGGGUGCUUGAACCAGAAUUGCUAUGAUACCCAGGCUCGAUCCAUCGAUAGACUCGUAGGAUGGUGGAGCGAACAUUGAUUCGAUUUGGCUGGCGUUUGUGAUGCUCCAGGUGUGCCCUCAUUGAGGAGCAUGUUUCCGUAGUCUAGGAUGAGGUCUGAC